AUGUCCACCGAAGGCAAGUCUUCGUCGAAGAAGGGACACGACUCACAGAUGGAACCUCAAAAGAAGACCGUGGAGAAGGAGGAGGACAGCAGACUUGGCACGAGUAAGUCCCGAACUACAUCGUCCGGCGUGACGUCCGCAGAGGUUCACGACCCCCCGAAAGUGGAGAUAAGCCGCGCCAAGUCGCCUGCCAAAAAGAGCGCGCCCGGACCAAGCCGCGCCAAGUCGCCUGCCAAAAAAGAGCGCGCCCGGACCAAGCCACGCCAAGUCGCCUGCCAAAAAGAGCGCGCCCGGACCAAGCCACGCCAAGUCGCCGAGGGGGCGUCUCCCUCGAACAUCGCCGCCCGAACGGGUGACUGGGCCGACGUGCAUAAGGACAUGGCUCCUGUGCCAACCGAUCCCGACACCGGACUCCCCGUGCAUGAGCCCAAGUACCCGAUCUUCGAGAACCGCGGUGAGAAAUACGAGGUGUUGCCACGCGAUGUGCUCGAGCAGGAGGGCAUACGCACCGAGGCCCCGCUGGCCUCGGUGGAAGACCUCACCAGUCCGGCGAGCUGA